AUGGCGUCUGAAGUCACUCCACUUGCUGUCAUCAAAAACACAGAGACUGGCAAGAAGUGUCCACUUGCAGAUUAUUUAUUGACUCCAUCAGUUACUAUCAUCGACCCAAUGUUCGGUGUCUCAUUAUCAAAGAAAGCUCGAACAGACUGUGGUAUCAAUGUUUUGGUUCAUGUGGUUGAUGCUUAUGUCCCAGUUAUAACAAAUGAAUACACAGAUGGUCUUGCUAAAAGUCAACGACUUGGUCAAGUCAUUCAACGGGGUUUUGUUGCAAGAGAGAAGAUGCACAAUGCAGCUACCAUUGAUGGUAUGGCCGUUUCUUCCACAUUCCUUGGGAUUAUUCACUCAAUGGCUCACAAAACAGGAGCCGCUUUCCGUCUUCCAUAUGGUCGAUGUGUUGCAAUGUUGUUGAAGUCUGAGACGACGGCUGAGGGGGUUGAAGUUCUUGCAAAGGCAAAAACUUCAACACAUAUU